UACUUUUGUUCUUGUUUGUUGGUAUUCUUCUUCUUUUUUUUUUUCAAUUUUUCAUACAUAUUUCCAUGUAAAUUUGUUGAAAAAAUUUCAAAAAUUUGAAGAAAGUAUGAAUCUUGGUGUUGGGUCAGUGGUGAAAAACAUGUCUGUGUCUAGUUGUAGUGUUUCUUGGAAAUCCGGUAGUAGUGAUAAAGUUUCCGACCAGUUUCCGGCAGGUUUAAGAGUACUUGUUGUAGAUGAUGAUCCUACUUGUCUAAGGAUCUUGGAGAAUAUGCUUAGGAAUUGCCACUAUGAAGUCACCAAGUCGAAUCGAGCAGAGCUUGCAUUAUCAAUGCUCCGAGAAAACAGAAAUGGUUUUGACAUUGUUAUUAGUGAAGUGCACAUGCCAGACAUGGAUGGUUUCAAACUUCUUGAGCAUGUUGGUCUGGAAAUGGACCUGCCUGUUAUAAUGAUGUCUGCGGAUGACAGUAAGGAUGCCGUUAUGAAAGGUAUUACUCAUGGUGCAUGUGAUUAUCUGAUCAAACCGGUGCGUAUCGAGGCAUUGAAGAACAUUUGGCAGCAUGUGAUUCGUAAAAAGAAGCACGAGUGGAAGGGCAAAGAUUUUGAUCAAUCAACAAGCGUGGAAGAUGGAGAUCAACAGCAGAAACCGCCAGAAGAUGUCGAUUAUUCAUCGUCAGCUAAUGAAGGGAACUGGAAAAGCUCAAAGCGAAGAAAGGAGGAGGAAGAUGAAACUGAAAAAAGGGAUGAUUCAUCCACAUUAAAGAAGUCACGUGUGGUUUGGUCGAUGGAGCUUCAUCAACAGUUUGUACAAGCUGUCAAACAACUUGGAAUUGACAAGGCUGUUCCCAAGAAAAUUCUCGAGCUGAUGAAUGUUCCUGGGCUAACCAGAGAAAAUGUUGCUAGCCACCUUCAGAAAUAUCGGCUGUACCUAAGGAGGUUGAGUGGUGUAUCACAGCAUCAGAAUGGAAUGAAUAACUCGUUUCUGGGACACCCGGAAGCAACAUAUGGGACGAUGACUUCUUUCAAUGGGUUAGAGCUUCAAGCUUUAGCUGCCACCAGUCAACUACCCGCACAAAGUCUUGCUACCCUCCAGGCGGCUGCACUAGUCACCAAGUCGAAUCGAGCAGAGCUUGCAUUAUCAAUGCUCCGAGAAAACAGAAAUGGUUUUGACAUUGUUAUUAGUGAUGUGCACAUGCCAGACAUGGAUGGUUUCAAACUUCUUGAUCAUGUUGUUCUGGAAAUGGACCUGCCUGUUAUAAGUUUAAGAGUACUUGUUGUAGAUGAUGAUCCUACUUGUCUAAGGAUCUUGGAGAAGAUGCUUAGGAAUUGCCACUAUGAAGUCACCAAGUCGAAUCGAGCAGAGCUUGCAUUAUCAAUGCUCCGAGAAAACAGAAAUGGUUUUGACAUUGUUAUUAGUGAAGUGCACAUGCCAGACAUGGAUGGUUUCAAACUUCUUGAGCAUGUUGGUCUGGAAAUGGACCUGCCUGUUAUUAUGAUGUCUGCGGAUGACAGUAAGGAUGCCGUUAUGAAAGGUAUUACUCAUGGUGCAUGUGAUUAUCUGAUCAAACCGGUGCGUAUCGAGGCAUUGAAGAACAUUUGGCAGCAUGUGAUUCGUAAAAAGAAGCACGAGUGGAAGGACAAAGAUUUUGAUCAAUCAACAAGCGUGGGUAUUUUUAAGAUACCUUUGUUCUUGUUUGUUGGUAUUUUUCUUCUUUUCUUUUUCAGUUUUUCAUACAUAUUUCCAUGUAAAUUUGUUGAAAAAAUUUCAAAAAUUUGAAGAAAGUAUGAAUCUUGGUGUUGGGUCAGUGGUGAAAAACAUGUCUGUGUCUAGUUGUAGUGUUUCUUGGAAAUCCGGUAGUAGUGAUAAAGUUUCCGACCAGUUUCCGGCAGGUUUAAGAGUACUUGCUGUAGAUGAUGAUCCUACUUGUCUAAGGAUCUUGGAGAAGAUGCUUAGGAAUUGCCACUAUGAAGGUAUUAAAAAAUCAUCUUUUUGAUGGUUAUAUAAACUAUGUAUUUUGUAAAUCAAGAAUGGUACUUUGAGUGUUUCUUCAAGAGUUGACCUUUA